UUGAAGUUUCUUCUGUCGUCAAAACGUCUUAGUUUAGUUCCUGGAAAGUAUUCCGUCGUUCCUGGAAACACCAAAGUAACGAGAGAAACAUUAGAUGACAGAAUAAGAAGUUCAAUCAAUCCAGCAGUUGCAGCCGUCCUGAAUCCUCUGCUUCAUCAUGUCUUUUCUUGCAUUUUCUACAAGCUCAGCCGCUUCAAUCAAGAAAUACACCGACAUGGAUCAAAAGGAAGUCAAACCUGGAGACCUGAUCGAGAUCUUCCGUCUUGGUUAUAAGCACUGGGCUGUUUAUGUUGGUGGUGGAGACGUUGUUCACCUCGUAACACCCGAGGGAGGACCGAGCUCCAUCGGCUCCAGCGGUGGCAGUGGUGAGGGUGUCGUGCUGAGACAGAAGCUGCAGGACGUGGUAGAGAAAGACAGGUGGACAGUCAACAAUCUCCUGGAUCAUAAAUACAAACCUCGUCCAGCUAAUGAUAUCGUGAAGAAUGCCUGUUCACUGGUGGAUACGGAACUGGAGUACAAGCUGUUUAAGCAAAACUGUGAACACUUCGCCACUGAGAUGCGCUACGGCAAGCCUGAAAGUCGGCAGGAGGUUGCCGCAGCAGUAGAAGCUGGUGUCUUGGGGUUAGGUGUCCUGGGAGCUGUGGCAGCAGUUGCUAUGAAUGUUAUGAAAAACUAACUGGCAUACAAUCCAUAAGUGUUUUUUUAUGAAGUCUGGUCAAAUCCACGUGACCUAACUUCAGAAAUGAAGGUGCCAGUUCCGACUUAUUAGAAACAACUUAAUCAAUAAUUUUCUUCUUCAACUGAGGAGCAUGAUGUUUAUGUCAAAAAAAUCAAAUAUUUAACAUGAUGUAAACAGGAAUAUGAUUGAGGCUGAUCGGAUGAAUCAAUAAUAAAAUAAAUACAUUAAAAAAUA